AUGUCACGCGUACUAUUAUUUGCCUAUACUGAUGUAAGACGCGAAACUACAGACGACGACGUUGAACUCAUUGUGCAGUUGGACGUGUUUGAUGACCAGAAGGCCCAGGACGAAGAACAAUUGUCUGGCCCUGACGGAGUGGAUCUGAAUAAUCACCUCGAUGUCUUCCACGCUAUAUUUCGCCAGGUCUGUGACAGCCCGCAGUCAACAACCUUCCUGACUAUACUACAACAUAUACUGCGUCUGGACAAUAAGGACCCUAUUAGUGAUGCCAUCUGGGAAACUACCGAAAAAUUAGUACAUCGCGCAACACUUAUCGAUAAACGGGAACACGGUGACCGGUUGCUCACCACGGGAGAGCAAGAACUAGAAAAGGUCGUCGACAGUUUGAAGCCCAAAACCGGGAAACAGGGUAACUGUUCUUGUGCCUGCCACAAUGACGCGGAGAGCAGAUUUGAUGUUAUUACACCCACACAGAGGGUCCGGAAAGUGUCGGUUAACCCAUGUGCUCCGCCGUUAGCGUUCACGGGAAUGUGUGCAAAGGACGCUUCAAACAUAUCCACACAACACGCUGGUGCUACGAACUUAACUCACGGGAUUAAUAGAACUUUCGAUAGUACGGACUCAGGUGUUAGUUCCGAAUCAUCUCCACCGGCUGAGCUCCCAGCGCCACCACCGCCACCACCACCACCACCACCACCACCACCCGGACCUCCUCCGCCUCCGCCUCCUCCAUUCAUGGGAUCUUUAUCGACAUUAGGAGGAAUACCCCCUCCGCCUCCUCCCAUGCCUGGCAUGGGUGGCCCGCCGCCACCACCUCCGCCACCAGGAGGACCUCCGCCGCCCCAUGGACUAAUGGGCUAUAAACAUAUGACACUGCCCGCGUCCCCUGUGAUCCCUAAAGCCAAACCAAAGACUAAAAUGCGGACCCUGAAUUGGAGCAAACUUCCUGCAAAUUCAGUUAUGGGCGAGGGAAAAACUAAUAUUUGGGCAAAUGUAUCUCAGGCACGCAACGGGUUUACAGUUGAUUGGGAUCAAGUCGAAGAGUUGUUCUGCCAGGAAAAACUCAAAAAACCAGCUUUGUCUAAAGACGGAACUGUAAAGGGCGGCGUGGAGACUGACUUCAAGAAAAAGAAAGAAUCGACUGAGAUCAAUUUACUGGACGGCAAGCGAAGUCUAAACAUAAACAUCUUUUUGAAACAAUUCAAAAGUACAAACGAAGAGAUAAUCCAGUUAAUAACGGAGGGAAAGGGUGACGUAAUUGGAGCGGAGAAAUUGAAAGGGCUGCUGAAAAUACUACCAGAAUCGGAUGAGGUUGAGAUGCUUAAAUCAUUCGACGGCGAUGCAACUAAACUAGGCAAUGCAGAGAAAUUUUUAAAAAUGUUAGUCGACAUAUCAAGCUACAAACUGCGCAUAGAAGGCAUGCUGUUAAAAGAAGAGUUCGAAACGACACUGGAUUAUCUAGAGCCUUCGAUUGAAUGCGUAGUCAAAGCCUCAAAAGAAUUGAAAUUCAGCAAGUCGCUGAGCGACAUACUAUAUUUGGUGCUCCUUACCGGAAACUUCAUUAACUCAGGUGGCUAUGCAGGCAAUGCCAUUGGUUUCAAGAUAACUUCAUUAUUAAAAUUAGUGGAAACAAGAGCUAAUAAGCCCAAAAUGAACUUCAUGCAUUACGUUGUGAUGCAAGCAGAAAAAAAAGACAAAAGUCUUCUAGAUUUCUCCGAUGAGGUAAAGCACCUCGAGAAAGCGUCUAAAAUAUCUAUAGAGACCCUAAAAACGGACUUCGUAGCACUGGACCAGAAAGUUACGACGAUGCUUGAACAAGUGGAAAAAAGUGAGGACGUAGUCAAAACUCAGCUACAGGAGUUCCUGGAGAAUGCACAAGAGGAUUUGGAAUACGUCAGAGAAUGUUUGAGUGACGUAGAACGUGUAAAAGGAGAGCUUAUAGAAUAUUUCUGUGAUGACGAAAAAAGCUUCAAAUUAGAAGAAUGCAUUAAAAUCUUCCAGACGUUUUGUGAUCGAUUCAAGAAAGCCAUUGAGGAAAAUCGACAAAGGCAAAUUCAAGAGGAAAAAGCAGAACUUAGAAGAAAACAGCGUGAAGAGCAGGAAGCAGCAAAACGUCGACGCCAGUUUCGUACUGGAAGCUUGCCUGGUGGCGGUGCCUUACCUGGCAAUGACAAACCAAUUGUGGACAUGUUAUUGGGAGACAUUCGCAGUGGAUUUACACAACAAAAAUAUGGCGAGUUGUGUGAACAGUCUGUUGAUGGCAUUCCACUGAAUUCUCCCAAUUUGCCAGCAGAUGACAAUGUUGGAUUUGGAUUUAAUAGAAAUAGUUUGCGACGAUCAGGGCGACAAAAACAAUUUAGCCUGGAAAAGAUUAUUGAAACAGGGAAGGAAGAUCCAGUAGAUGAAAGACGGUUUUCUGUUUACUCUACAAGUAGUUCAAGUAGUAAAGAUGAUUCACCAUUCGGUUCUGUAUCCAGUAGACGAUUUCGAAAUAUCAACAGUUCACCUGGUGAUGAUGAACUUUUAGAGCUUUUGGAGGCUGAGUCUGAUUUCCGCAGAGACGGUAGUCUGCGCAGGUCACGACGGAAAGCUAAACCAAAUUUUACAAAUGAUCAAAGGGAGAGAACAGACUCCCCUGGAAGGGAUAUGCUUGAUGGUGGUGAUAGGAAUGAGUUGCAAGGCAGGACUAGGAGUUCUAUUGAUGCCAGAGAAGUGGACCGUGCCUUGAGACAUUUUGAUGGUGCAAAGAGACGACAUAAAAGUUUUCUCGGUAGUGGAGAUGUAGAUGCAGCAAUUGGAAUAGGUGAAAAAGAAAUAUAUAAUUCAGAAACAGACUUGCGGUUAAAACGAAGGACCAGAAAUGAUUUUAGAGGUGUUACAACAGACUCUUUAGGAACAGAUAACUUGGAAAACACUAAUUGGAAAUCACAACUAAGAAGACCAAGGAGUGUAGGGGAUACAGGCGAAGUUGAUAAGGAUUUACAAAGAGAUAGACCUAGCAUAGAAGGUGGGGUGUUGAGGAGGCACAAGCGAGAUAGGAAGCCUCGUCCAUGGAGUGUUAUAGAAAGUCGUGAUAUUGAUAAGGUGCUUAGAGGGAGUACUUCUGUUAGCAAGGAUUCAGACUCAGAUGCAACACCUCCUCCAACUCCACGACGUGUUCGUCGUACUGCUGUCACUAAUGAUGCUGACUUUGCUGUGUCUACUAUUGCCAGAAGAGAACGAUGGAAGAAAAGGUUAUCAAGGGAAGAAGAACCAUUAGAAAACAAAGAGGGAAAGAUUAUGCCAAGAGAAAAGAACGAAAAAGCUGCUGAAGUACUCCAACCCCAAACUAUGGGUAUUGUGUCAAGCGAAGAGGUAGCAGUGAAAAAUGAUCAGAAAAUUAUCAAGAGGGAGAGAAGACGAGCACGCAGUGAAAUCAAUGCAUCUGAAGUUGAAAGCUCCAUAUUUGCUGUUAUUGGGAAACCUGCCUCAUCUGAACCUGCCACUCCAAUCAGCAAAUUAGAUGAUGGUCCUAAACCUUCAGAAAAAGCCAACAAAGUCACUUACCGUGUUCGUUAUGCAACAGAACUAGACACACAUGAAGAUGGCAUGAAAAUUAAGUAUAGCAUUGAUGAGAAUAAGAGCCAAGAUAUCACUUCUAAAACCCUCAACCCAUCAGCUAAGACGGCAAUGCAGAAUAUGGAUGCUACUAGAACUACCACUAUGACAAGUGACACAAAUGCAGUGGAAAAAACAUUUACAGAAAAUAAGCAUUUGGCUGAUGAGACAGACAAACACAGUUUAGUCAGUGAACAAGACAGUGAACAAGAUAGUGAAGUAAACAAGGAAGAUGAUGAUGAUAAGAGUGAAGUUGAAAGUCCUAAAAAAGUUGAGUCGCCACGAACAACAACCAGGAAGAGACUGCAUAUGAAAUUUGAUCAAAUAAAUGUGGAGUCAACACUAAAUGUCAUAGAAGACUCUUUGAUUCAUAAGCAUCAACUUGAACAACAAGCACAGGAGGAAGAAAACAAAAAAGCUGAUUUAGCUCCAAGAAUUCGACGAGUUUCACAGAUUCAAAAACCUUCUAUGAAUGACCUGCAUGCAAACAAGGAGGACACUAAAAAGGAGGAUUCGUCAAUGGCAUUACAUAAGCAUCAACCAAUAAAAGAAGACAGCCUAAUAGAAGAGAAACCCAUUCCUGCACAUGAGUUUUUCAAAAACAGUGAUGAGCCUCCUUAUUUUGUCUUCCGGAGUAGAAAAACUAAGGAUAGAACAAUGAUUGAACAUCUUUUGACAGGUGUCAAUCAAGUAAUUGAGGAGGAUACCAAUGAUGAGAAAAAAGAGAUAGAAAUUGGAGAAUCCUGCAAUAACCUGCAACAAAAGCCUGAAGUAAAUGAAGAUGAUGAGGAAAUGGCUUGGGAGAAUAUUGGCAAGCAGCAGGCUGAAAUUAACAAAGACAUUGCUGAAAUGAAACAAGAAAUGAAACGCAGAGAAUCUGUUACUGACAGUGGAAUAAAUGUGAAUGAAAAUGGUGAAGAAAUUACUAAGGACCACAAGAUUCAAAAAAUGAAUAAGGGCAUAGAACCAUCAAAAACAGUGUCCAUAUCUCAUGCUACCCAGCAAAGUGAGCCACAAUCCAUGAACACAAAUGUAGACAAUUCACCUCUUGUGGUUUUGAAGAAGGAUAUCAAUGACAAUGAAAAGAAUUUGGUUGUCAAGCCUACAGUAAACGAUAUUCCAUCAGGCCGUGACACUCUAAUGAUUGAGUCGGACAGUGAACUGAACAAACGAAAGUCAGCUGAUAUUAGUGUAGCAUCAGAUAGAACAGACAAAGACAGUUUGGAUGGAAGUAACUCUGAAAGCGGUGAAGAAGGUGAUGUUGAGUCUUGUUUCGAUGAUAAGGAUACUGAGGACAGACCUGUAACCACAUCACCAAAACCAAAAGAGAAAAUUUUAUUUGAAGUCUAUUUGAGGCCUGAUAAAGGUACGCCAAAGAAUGUAGAGAAACAAGGGAUUGUUUCAAAACAGAAAGAAGAAAAACGAUCAAGGCUUACUGCUCCAACAAAAUCAUCGUCUAUGAAAGCUGAACAAAAGACAGAAACAAAUCCAUCAUCUCGAAUUAAACAGUUACCUAAGACAGACAAAAACAAAAAGCCAACAUAUAAUUCUGCUAGGAAACCUACUACUGCUGUACAAUCAUUGAUGAAGAAAACUGCAAGAAACAGAAGUAACAGUCGAGAUUCUCUGGAUUCAUUGGCAUCAGAACCUGAUAGCAGAAAGGGGUAUUUGUCUCGAAGUGGGUCAGCUGCUAGCACAUGCUCCACAAUUUCAAAUGUUAGUUCAGUUGAUAAUAGAAAAAAGCAAGCAAGAUUGAGACCUGGGGCAAAAUCAAAGUGUCUUCCAAAAGCGCGGCCAGGUUCUGCAACAUCAACAACUAGCAUAGAAGCAGAAUUGAUGCAAGUAGCAGAACCAAAGAAAUCUAAGUUGCCAACAAAUUCCAAUGUGAAAAAAUCAUCUCCAAAGGGGCCUUCCAGAACAGAUGUGGCAAUAGAAGCAGCUAGACAAAGAAGGAAGUCGACACCGUCACCAGUCUGUGAUAGACAUGGAGAUUCUGAUUCUAGUGGUAGGCAGUCAACAACAACGCCGCCAUUAAGAAAAUCCCCAGCAGGAUCAUCUAUUAGGGGAUCAUCUCCAAAAAGAUUGUCAUCACCAAGAAACUCUUUAAGAGGUACACCUAGUCCUGCUGGUAGCCUGAGUAACAUUAGGAGUGGCUCUAUCCGUGGUAGACCAGCCUCUCCUGCCCAAGUAUCAAAUUUCAGUAAUGCCAGAACUGGAUCAAUUAGAGGUAGACCAAAUGCAAUACCAGCUGCAAACAGGAAAAUAGAAACCCCUUCACCAAGAAAAAGUUUCAGGAAACCAUUAGCUUCAAAACCACCUGACAAGCAGACCCCAGGAAAACCUCCUCCGGGACCAGCAAAAAUGAUGCCGAGCAGUACCCCCCAACAACAACAACCACAGCCUCAACCUCAAAGACGUCAACCAUCCACAGGGAACUCACUUAUGAAACCCACAGCAUCUUCUCGUGGAAAAGUGACGCCACAAACUUCAUCAUUACCAAAACCAGUCACUAAAACACCAGUGGCUGGUACUGGAAAAAAAAUACCAGCUCCUGUUCAAAAAACCAGGAAACGUUUAAGCCCAACUACCAGCCAGGUUACACCAUCAGAAAAGAUUCCACCGUCGCCAAGAACACCACGAACUAUACGAAUGGGCACUGCCAGUUUAGGGUUGAAUAAUUAUCAAGGUCAGCCUAAAAAAGGGACCAGCAUCCCAGCUUCGCGUCCAACAACAUUAGACAUGAUGCCACAAUCAACACAUGAUAACACCUAUGUUGAGUCAGCAUGGAAAAAGGAAGCUGUGCAACAGUCAUUAGGUAGAAACACUAGCUUUGAAAGUAAUUCGAGUUCACCAGUAAAUUCACCACAUAACCAAAUAACACCAGCUAUAACACCUUCACCAGCUGUGACACCAUCAUCACCUUUUCCUGGCCCAUCAAAAACAUCAAGCCCCCAACGUUCAGCCUCAGGAAGUCAGCAAAGCAUCACAAGUGAUUCAACGUAUAGUUUGGAUUCACAACAUUCAGCAAACAGUGGGAGCAUGUACCUUAGAAGUAUUGCUGAGACAGUCUCAUCAGUGACCGGAUCACUGACACCUUUGGUAGAUCACAUCUCAGAUCCGGAUGUGUUGAAAACGUUGGACAGUGAAAGAAAUCGUAGUCUUGAAGAAAUCACCAAAACUCCCAUAGCAGCAUGGCCAGACCCAGCACUCCAAGGGGAAAGCAGCAUCCCUGUUAAGUCGCCAACAAAACAAAGUAGGGUGAGCAAGCUUAUCAAUAAACUAACAGGGAAAUCUGAAAAAACAGAUAAAAAUCAGCCUUCAAAGUUGAAAAGGAGUCAGUCUUUAGGUUCCAGACCUACAACUAGUGCAGUCCCAGGGUCACGCGAAGUUGUUCAACAUACCACUGAAAGAGGUGAUAUAUCAGCAUCCAAUACAAUAGAUACACUCGCAACAAGCACUGCCAUAUCACUGACCGCACAUUCAGUGGACACAAAACCACAUUUGCUAACUCCCACAUUCCCAGAUUCAAUACCGGAAAUACCAGUGCAUGAAUCACCCUCAUCAAUGUCUAAAAUACCAACCCCAAAUACCUCAGCAAAACUUGCGACCCCCUCGAGAAUACAACAGCCUGCAUCCAGAGUGAGCAGAGCAGCAUCUAAUUUUGGAACACCAGCAACACGCACAUCGUUUAGACAGCGAUCAGUGCCACCAACAACAGGAGGCUUGACCAGAUCUUCAUCAAUGUCUGCACGAAUGGGAAAUAGGCCUUUUCCCGUGGAAAUAAAGAAAACAAAAGUUUGA